AUGAAUGAUAUACACGAAAUUAAAUCAUCUUUUUUAAACAGUUUAAAAUGUCCCACUUCAAUGACUUUGGAAUUGAUCAAUUAUCGUGCUGAUGUUUCAACUACUAACAAUGAUAUCAAUAGACUGUUAAAUAACCGGUUAAAUCCUAAUUUCGUUUCACAACAAAGUUAUUCAUUAUUAAAUUUAAAUGCAAUUUCUACUACACAAUUGACAUCACCUUUAAUCACCACAGAUCCCAUAGAGACUGUACCUUUAGAUCCUGUUCGUUUAUGCGCUGGGGAUUUUAUGACUUAUUCACCAGCAAGUAAGGGUUUCAUGUCUGGAAAUAUUCCACGUUUAGAUAUAAUUCUUAAGAUCAAGCAAUCUAGAAAUGGUACCAAUAUUAAUAAUGAUAAUAAUAGUGACAAUAAUAGUAGAAACAUGAAACAAAACUUUCGGAGUAUUCAGCAUUCAGAUUUAGGCUAUGAUGUGCAGUAUAAAUUUGUCACAGAUUAUGGUGUUACAGCUUCUUUUGGGAAUCAACGGAAGCCAAGUUGCUUCUUCGAAUUCAAUCGUUCUCAAUCAAUAACAGGGAAUUUCUCAUCACCAAAUUAUCCUGGAUUAUAUCCAAUUGAUAUCAUUUGUGAAUAUCGGUUUUCUGGGCUAAAUGUAAGAAGAAUUGAUAUUGCAUUCUUGGAAUUUGAUGUAGAAAGUACUUCUAAAACUUGUACAGAUGAUACUAUGGGUGAUAAUGUUGAAAUUAGUAGUUGUUAUCCAACAGAAUUAUUCAGUACACCAAAACGUCGAUUAUGUCACAAACAAAGUCCAGUGGAUCCAUUCAGAAUUCAAUGGCAUCAACCGUGUUUAAACUUGAAAUUCUUCUCUAAUGGAAUGUAUGUGAGGACAGGAUUUUUCGGUGUUUAUGAAUUCCACGAUUUCGGUCAGCAAGGCAAAAAAAUCAGUAAGCUCUUGGUCACAUUCUUGUGCUUCGCUGUAAACAGUUUAUUAUUUUUAGUGAAAUGA